AAAGCCCGUUUGAACAAAGAGACUUCGCUCCUACACUCAAGAGGAAGACACGGGUAGCGGGAACAUAUAAAUUUUCUUUGUCCUUUGUGGUGUCUCCUUUCUGAUGCUCUGUUUCCCUUCUCCUUCCGCUCCUCACCAUCUCUCUUGCCGUAUCCCUUGUUCAACAUCACGACAAGAAAAUAGAAAACAAGAAGAAGACUUUUCUUGUUUCCAUCUGCUUAUGUGCCAUUGUCGUUUUCAUUCUUAGCAAAUCAUCCCCUGUUUCAGGCGACGUAUCUUCAAUCAUGGCAAAGACAAAAGGAGCAAAACAGAAGAUCCAGGCACCCAAAGGGACCAAACGCAAGGCUCAGAAACCCUCCUCGCCACCCCCACGCAAACAGAAGGCCCAAAAGACAGAGCAGGACACGGAGGAGACCAAGCCAGCUCCUAGGCCAAUAGAGGAUGCAGUCGCGCUUCUUACCUCGGAUGAACUGGCAAGAAUCCGUUAUGGAGAUGGUUAUCCAUUCAACUUGUGGGACAGAAAAAUCGGCGAUUGGUUGGUCAAGUCGAACGAUGAAAUCGGGCGUGAACUCAGAAACGAGAUUUCUAUAAGGCGAUGGGUAGACUACUUUGGUGUGGAAAAUGUCAAAGACGUGAAACAUUUGUCGGACGACCAGAAAAAAAAAAUCAUCAGUAGUCUUGACGGAUGGUGCGUUCAGAUACCCUGGAAUUCCCUGCUGAACCGUUUCCCCUUCUGCGUCAAAAAGGACUUUACGAAAUACCUAUUGUGUGUUUUGAUAGAGAAGGACAUCGUUACCAAAAUGUACGACAAUCCAUUUUGGUACCUUGACGGCAAGAAGGGCCCGGACGAUGAAGAAGGAGAUGAAACGUUUGGUCAGCGACUAAAGUACCUGCUGGACAGAUUCGUUGAAGCCGACCCAGGCGAUGCCUCGCUAUUGCGCUCCGACAUUUCUCGUCUGGCAAACGGGACCCUGCCAUGUCAGGUUCGCUCCGGGGUCUGGGGAAAGUACCACGCCGAGCGCCGCACACGGCAGGUGGAACAAUGGGCGGCCGACUUCAUCGCCAGCGAGCCGGCGUGCUGGCUCCUGAGACAAAACAACACAUUUUCGGAGCAAGAUAGGCACGAGAUACUAACAGAUAUCUACCGCUGGUCAGCCGAGAAAUGGGCUCAUAUUUCGUCCCUCCGUGGGAACUACAAUUUCUACCAACUGCCCGACUUGGGAAAGACCUUCAACAAAGAGUCUGGGUUGGUGAAGAGAGCCAACGACCACGUGCCCCCUUUCGGCGAUGAGUCGGUUGAGGGGAUGCGCAUUCUCCUUGUUGUUUGCGGAGGUAUUCGUGUGCAAUGGGAAAAUCCCGAUCAAGGGGAUGAGUUUUACGUAUGCGCCAAAGCGUCAGUAUUGGCCCAAGAGAAGACUAUGUAUCAUUGAGUCAUGUUUCCCCUCGAAGAGAAGAGGCGGGAAACACUGGGGAAGUUGUGGAGUUCGGAUAGAGGAGGAGAGGGCCGCCAUAUGGGCUUGUGUGCAGGUGCUGCUCACGUGGAGGGUGUGGUUGGUGAUGUUUGUCGUGUUUUUUAGUGUUUUUGGCUAUGUUUUCCAUCAGACUGUCAAAUUGUUUUUCAUGUCAUUUGAUUUUUUUUACGCCGGACCUCGAUGGGGUUUUAGGGUCCUCCGUUAUAGAUUAGGGAACUUGUCUGGGUUUGUUGUUACGCGUUUCGCCGGUAGUUAUGGAGUAGAGGGAGGAUGGGAGUAGACAGU